AUGGCAGCGAUGAACUCCAUUGCUCUCUUCCGUGGCCCUUUAUCUGUACGAGCCUUCAUCUUCAUCAGAGCUUCAAAUCAGACACCUAGGGUUUCACCUUGGCCUUUCGCUCGCCGCCCGCUUUUGCUCCGCAGAGUUUUGUCAUCUGUAAGUGCUACAAGUGACGAAGAGGCUUCUGCUAGAGCUGCUGCAGUCAAUGCUGAUAGCGGGGUACCGACAAUAUUUGACAAGAUUAUCUCAAAGGAGAUACCUUCGACCAUUGUGUAUGAAGAUGAAGAUGUUCUGGCUUUUCGAGAUAUUAGCCCACAGGCUCCAGUUCAUGUUCUUAUUAUUCCAAAGUUACGAGAUGGAUUAACCCAGCUUGGCAAGGCUGAAAAGAAACAUGAAGAAAUACUGGGUCGCCUUCUCUAUGCUGCUAAAAUAGUUGCAGAGAAAGAAGGCAUUGUCGAUGGUUUUCGUGUUGUCAUUAACAGUGGCCCAUCUGCUUGUCAAUCUGUUUACCAUCUUCACUUACAUGUACUUGGAGGGAGGCAGAUGAAAUGGCCUCCAGGUUAA